AGCCGCGUUUUCUUCGUGCUUCAAACCUAGGCUUGGCCAACUGGCCCGAGGGAGCCUGCGGCUGCCGGGGCUUGAGGGGUUAAAUCAAUGCGCCGCAAAUUGAGGAACAAGAUUAGGGAAUAAGGGAUGUUACUAAAUUCCUCAUGAUCCCAAGGCAUGGGAAAAUGGGACGAGGCAGCAUGAGUCACCCCCCGGAGAGGAGCGGCGUCUCAAAGGGGGAGUCAGCCAGGAGGCGAGACCACCCGCUGCGGGCAGAGCGGCGAAGGAGCGCGGCGCGGCGGGCUCCGGCUUGCUGGUGAUGGAGAGCGUCUCUUCUUCCCCUUCCCCCUUCCCUGCCAGCUCCCCUGUUGUGCAGCCUGAGAAUGCCACCGCCCAUGACUCCUACUCCGGCCUCCAGAAGAGCAUGCACGUCCUCUCCAUGGUGGUGUACAGCAUCGCCUGUUUGCUGGGGGUGACUGGGAACGGCCUCGUCAUCUGGAUUGCGGGCUUCAAGAUGAAGAAGACUGUGAACUCCGUCUGGUUCCUCAACCUGGCCAUUGCUGACUUCAUCUUCACCUUUUUCCUGCCUCUCAGCAUCGCCUACACCGCCCUGGGCUUCCACUGGCCGUUUGGGAAGCUCCUGUGCAAGCUGAACAGCACCAUCGCAUUCCUCAACAUGUUUGCCAGCGUCUUCCUCCUGACAGUCAUCAGCAUGGACCGCUGCGUUUCUGUGGCCUUUCCCGUCUGGUCUCACAACCGCAGAAGUCCAGAGCUGGCAGCCAGGAUCGCGCUGGGGACGUGGGUCCUGGCUCUCCUCCUCAGCUCCCCGUACCUUGUCUUUCGGGACACUGUGGUCAGUUCCAGGAACAUCACCAGCUGCUAUAAUAAUUUUGCACUGUCCGAUGACUACACGUCCGAGGCGACACGGAAGCUGUGGAGGAUGCGGCAUAAAGCGAUGAUCAUAACGCGGUUUUUAUGCGGGUUCCUCAUCCCUUUCACGAUGAUUCUCAUCUGCUACAGCAUCGUUGCUGUCAAGCUGAAAAGGCGGCAGUUAGCCAACUCUGCGAAGCCAUACAGAAUUAUCAUUGCUGUCACAGUCUCGUUUUUCCUCUGUUAUUUCCCCUAUCACGUCUUCUCCUUGCUGGAAAUAUCCAAAAACUCUUCCAGUCAUGAGAUGAAAAUGGCCCUUUACAUAGGGAUUCCCUUGGUUUCCAGCCUUGCUUUCUUCAACAGCUGCAUCAACCCCAUCCUGUACGUAUUUGUGGGCCCGGAUUUCAAGGAGAAGUUUCGCCAGUCCAUCCUGUCAACCUUCGAAGGGGCCUUCAGUGAGGAGUCGGUCCUGGGCAGCCUGACCAGCAGGAGAAAGUCCAGGUCCGCUUCGGAAGCAGAGGUCCCGAGGGUCUGAGCGGGACUGGUGUGCUGCAUUGCCAGCACCGUUGGAGGCGGCAGUUCUCUUCUCUGCAAUUUCCCCUCAUUUCAGAGCUGUAAUCGCAGGACCGGGGGCUGCAAAGGGCUGUGCAUGCUAACAAAGUGUGAUUUGGUGUUUUGGCGGCAUCUCAAACCUGCUACAACUUAAUAUACUACGGGAAUUAAACAACUCUCUGGAGCUGCAGCAGGGUGGGGAAGUCGAAGUUCAUUUUGCUCCUCGUGCUACUUCCUUGGCUGCCUUGUUUCCCUGUACCUCUUCCAUCCCCUAUGGUCCAUCAUACCUGGCAAAAUGUCUCCCUGGCUGGAGGUGCUGAGCGGGAAACCACAGCCCAGAUCGUGGCUGCUAGCUGUCAGGUUUGGUUGCCUUAGCACUGCUGAUCUGUUACAGCUUCCAUCUUUUAACGACCCUUUAUAAAAAUUCACCGGGUUUGUGACUCCGCUGGCAGAGCUGCCUUUACUUCCCUCUCCUCUGGGGCUCCCAAGGAGGCAGCUCUCGGGUGCUCUCCCCGCUGGCGCCCAGCCCAGGGUCACCCUGUGCAUGCCGGGGGGAGGCAGUCAGGGCCAAGUCCUGUUUGCCUCUCCAUGGGGUUCACCUGCCUGGGGUGCGUUUGCAUGGGGUGAGCCGAGGGGAGAGUUUGGUCCCUGCCCUUGCCAGACCCUCCUGGCAGCUCAUCUUUGUUGGGGUUCCACCAGGGGGCAAAACUGGGUGCAGCUGCACUGGCAGUGUAUGGCUGUGACAGUGGUGUGCCGGGGGUGUACGGCUGUGCUGGAGGUGUAUGGCUGUGCCGGAGGUAUACCAGAGGUGUGUAGCUGUGCCAGAGGUGUAUGGCUGUGCUGGAGGUGUGUGGCUGUGCCGGAGGUGUGUGGCUGUGCCAGAGGUGUGUGGCUGUGCCAGAGGGGUAUGGCUGUGCCGGAGGCGUGCCGGAGGUGUGUGGCUGUGCCAGAGGUGUGUGGCUGUGCCAGAGGGGUAUGGCUGUGCCGGAGGCGUGCCGGAGGUGUGUGGCUGUGCCAGAGGUGUGUGGCUGUGCCAGAGGGGUAUGGCUGUGCCGGAGGCGUGCCGGAGGUGUGUGGCUGUGCCAGAGGUGUGUGGCUGUGCCAGAGGGGUAUGGCUGUGCCGGAGGCGUGCCGGAGGUGUGUGGCUGUGCCAGAGGUGUGUGGCUGUGCCAGAGGGGUAUGGCUGUGCCGGAGGCGUGCCGGAGGUGUGUGGCUGUGCCAGAGGUGUGUGGCUGUGCCAGAGGGGUAUGGCUGUGCCGGAGGCGUGCCGGAGGUGUGUGGCUGUGCCAGAGGUGUGUGGCUGUGCCAGAGGGGUAUGGCUGUGCCGGAGGCGUGCCGGAGGUGUGUGGCUGUGCCAGAGGUGUGCCGGGGGUGUAUGGCUGUGCUGGAGGUGUAUGGCUGUGCCGGAGGUAUACCAGAGGUGUGUAG